AUGCGAAACUUUUUGCUCGUGGCCGUCUUGAUCUCAAUGGUUCAAACUGAUUUUCAGUACGAAUUGGACAAAAUCCUAUGGACUUUUCGAUGCACUCCCGAAUGCACCUUCAAUCAUUCUGAAAUCACUUCGGCCACUGCUCAAUUCUUCCCUACAAAUUGCUCUGAGAUUUGCGGAAUCCUGGUGCUCAACUCGAACACAGACUUAUCUCAUUCUCAACUGCAAGUGCUUUUCUCUAACAUGACGCAGCUCAGUGGAGCAUUGCGCGUGGAGAACACCAGUUUCACGAAUUUAUCGUUUUUCAAUGAGGGUAGAGUGAAUAGAGUGACAGAAUAUUUUUGCAAAGCUUAUGGAAUAUCCAUCGUCAACAACUCCCAACUAACCGACGUAUCUUCCCUCCGCUAUUUCAAUCUUAACACAGAUGAAUACACAAAAGAAUGCCCAGUUCGAGUCGAAAAUAAUAAGCAACUCGAUGCAGAAAAACUCAUCUGCGACCGAAACCCUUUCAGAGCUUGGUUCACCCUGAAAAUUUCUGGAAACCUGAAAGAUUGCGAGUGCUCUGGCGGAAGGGUAAUAGGAUACCUUUUGCGAGAUGCAAAAGUUUGCGGAGCCGUAUCGAAUCUCAAUUUGACAAACGUGGCGGACACCUCUUACCAAUUAAUCCCGUUGGGAAACACUAUACAUGUCAGGGGAGAUUUUGAGAUUCAGAGGACAAAUUUGACGAAUUUGGCAUUCUUUCCCAUACUGGAGAGUGUGAUCUCGAUAAAUGGGCCAAGAAAUCAGAAGAUAUUGAUGAACAUUCACGACAAUCCAAAUAUGACAACGCUAGGACUCCCUAAGCUGAAUUUCCUUUACGACAAUCUUGCCGGCGGUCAAUUCGUCGCGAAUUUCGAGAACUUGCACCCCGAUUUUUGCGUGACCUACGGGGAAAUGUUCCUUUUCAUGCACCAAAAUGUAUAUUUUAAAAACUUGCAUGCAACCUAUUGCGAGGGCGAGAAGGAACAAUUUGUUGAAACUUUACUUGAGAAGUAUGAGAUUUGCUGGCUCACCACCACCACGACGUUGAAAACUUUAAAAUCAAAUUGUACAGUUAUCAGUGGAGAUUUGAAGAUUGAAAGUGGCGAUGAGGAAUAUGUAUCUAAAUUGGAAAGUUUGAAAUAUUUAUUCGGAUCCAUUUUGAUCCACAACACAGGUUUUUCAAAAAAUCGAUAUUCACCAAACUUGAGCUGUAUUGCUGUUAUGAAUGACGAACCCGCUAUUAAAAUUGUAUCUAAUUUGAACCUCACAUAUGCAUUUUUGCCCAAAAUUGAGAAUAUAAUCACAAAGCACCAAAGGACAGUUGUAGUUCACAACAACCCUCAAUUAUCUUCAGAGUUUUAUUUUUUAUACCCAAUGAGUUAUAGAUCAAAUGCAAAGUUUGUUGGAGAUCACUUUGAAAACGGAGAGCCGCGGAGAAUAUUGAGCUUCUUCAUAAUGGUUGUCUAUUCCGUUCUUAUAUUUUUAUGGAAUAACUAA